UUUUAGUUGAUUUUAGCAGCACAACCCCGUCGCCAGCAGCAGGAGCAGCAAAUGCUUGCCGUCGCGACAAACACGCAAACUUAGCCAAGUGUUAUUCAAAUAAACUACAACUCGAGUGCAAAAUCAAAAUUGUACGUAAAGCAACAACAGCAACAACAACAACAGAAAAAUGUGCCGUAUAGUGUAACAGUAGCAACAACAACAACAACGAACGUUGUGAGCACAGUGGUUAAAAAAGAAACGAAAAAGGAAAACGCAAACGCAAACGGGCCACAACAGCAAAAGCAAAAGAAAGCGCAGUCAAAAUGUCGACAACUGUGGAACAGACGUCCAGCGAAGCGCACACAGCGGGCGACCUGACAGCAACAGCGACAGCAGCAGCAACAACAACAACAGCAACAGUUGCAGGCGUAACAGCAGCAACAGCAGCAGCAGCAGCGACCGCAACAGCAGCUGCCCCAACGCCCAUCACAGAAAUUGAACAACUGCAGCAGGCGCUGCUCGAGAGGCAAACGCAACUGUACGCUUUGGAGACGGCCUGUCUGAGGGAAACGGAGCGCCAAGUGGAGCUAGAGGACAGUGUGAUUGCGUGGCAGGAUAAAUACGAUCGUCUGUACGAGUCGCACAAACGUGUUCAAAAGGUCAAUCAGGGUCUGGAGGAUAAAAUGCUCAAGCUGGUCGAUCGCAAUACAAACGAGCGGGCACAGCUCACCAGCGAUGUGGCAACGCUCAGCGUACGAUUGGCCCAGGCGAACUUUAACAUUGCCAAGCUGCAGAGGGAAAUUGAGCGCUACAAGGCCGACAUUAGUCUUGCCAUACAAUUGCUGCAAUGCAAACCGGACAGCUUUGUGCCCCAGAAGGUGUCCUCGCUGCCAAUUGACAUACAGUCCAAGGUGUCCGCCUAUAUGCGUCUGGAGACCAAUUCGCAUUCGGAUUCCGAGUGUAGCAAUAGUGGUGUGGGCGUGGCAACGACAACUUCCUAUAAAGUGCUUCCGGUCUCGGACUCACCACCGCCAGCGCCAUGCCCCUUUCCGCCCACCGCAAUGGUGUACUCAAUGCGGGGCCUCGGUAAGUACGCCGCCAAUGGCAACUCAGCGAAUGCACAAACAGCGCCAGCGAACAACAACAACAACAACAACAACAACAAUAACAACAGCAGAGGUAGUAGCUCAAAGGAUACAAUUAACAAUAACAACAUUAGCAACAACAACAACAAGCACAGCUCCAGCCAAACGCUCAACGGUCAACCCAAGACUAACAACAACAACAACAACAAUGCAGAUCCAGACAUGAUUUCACCCACAGUUAUGGCUAAGUUUCUAGAGGAUGAACUGAAAUUGAACGACGUGAAGCACUGCGAUACGUGCCAGUGCAGCAAACAGGAUCUGACCGUGCUGGCGGACAUCGCACGUUCCUAUUCGGUGGCCACACAGACGCCCCACUCGCUGGCAACCGCCGGCGCCAGCACGCUGAACGAGCCGCUGGCCCAGCUCUGCCUGCGCUGCCACAGCAAUCUGAACUCGCCGUCGCGCACCAACAGUCCCUAUCUGAUGAAGCUGGUCAAGUCGAGUGAUUCGGUCAUUUCGGAGACGAAGAGCUCCGUUUCGGAUCUGAAUGACAUGGACAAGCUGUUCACGCUGCCCAAAAAGGACGAUCUGAUGGUUAAUCCCAUUCUGGGGCAUCACAGGCUGUGCGAGCGCACGGCUCUGCCGGCCAACGGCAACACGCUCAUGUAUCCGACCACACAUCUGGGCACCUAUGCGGGCGCCGAGAAGUAUCUGCUGGAGACGAGCAAUCUGGGACAGCUGCGUCAGGGCACGGCUGCGUAUCAGCGGCGAUUCUUGGACGGCGGCGGCACAGCGCUGCAGCUGCUCAACAAAUACGAGGCAACAGCGACGACGACUGCUGCUACUGCAGCAUCAGCCGAGGAGCUGGAGGAUGAGGUCAGUAAGCCGCUGUUGGCGGGCAUAUCACAGCCCAAUCUGCUGGAGACGGAGCAGCCGCCAGUUCUGCAGCUCACUAAGCCGGAGGAUGUCUGUGAGCCGCAGCCCGUCAAGCCAAUAGCUGUAGUCGGAGCCGGAGCUGGAGUUGGAGCCGCAGCUGCUUCUGCCAGCUGCCCUCUGAAGUCGAAUAACUCGGGCAGCGUUCAGAGCCUGUGGAGCAACAAGACGAGCAGCUGCGAGGGCGCCAAAAUGUUUGAGACCUUCAAUAGAAAUCUCAUCAAGACUAUCAAGGCGGAAAAUCCCAAAUAUCGCGGUCCACGUCUGUGUGCCAUGCGCAUACAGCAGAAUGGCCAGAGCAACAUAUUGCUGGACAAUCUGGAGUCGAUCGAGACGCAUGUGCCGGUCAUCUACAAGCGGCGCGAACGACUCCUUGACGAGGAGCUGAACGACGGCAAGGACAUUAUCACGUCCAAGGAGAGCAAUGCGACGGCUGCGGUCGAAGUGUGGCAGGCCUCGGCUAUGCCGCACGAGAAUGUGGCACUGCAGCCGGUGCUGGAGCCGCAGGUGGAGCUAAAAGAGACUGAAAAGAGCGUCCAGUUGGACAGCAGCAAUAUGGCCACGGCGGUUCCGUCGGUGGCGGCGGGAACGGUGGCGGGAACAACGGAAGGAGUCGCUGCAUCAGGUGUUCCAACUGGCGCAGGUGUAAUAACUGCGGCGGCUGCUGUUGCCGCCGCCUGCUCACCCAAGCACUCGGCCAACUCGAGCUCGCUGAGCGAUGCCAUUGACUAUCAGGAGAGCGUGCUGCUGCGUCGCCAGCAGCUGAAUCGUGUCGCCGAGUGGGUUCAGCACAAUACCCAGCAGCUGGAGCAGCGUGCGCUGCAGCAGCCGGCUCUGCCCACGGACUCCAAUUCGGGCACGGAACGCCAAUCAUCCUACUCGACGCUGGAUCGCAUGGACUCCAUAUCGAUAGAGAAGCUAAGCAUGGACUCGGGCUAUAAGACAACGCCACAGCAGCUGACCAAUGGCUAUGCGGAUGCGGGCAAAUCCACGGAGGAUUCGCUCUCGCCGAAGACGGACAUCACCAGCAAUUCGCUGCCAGAGGCAGCCAUGUCCAACAGCCAGCCGGGCGCCGUGUCUGCCGCUGUGGUGGUGACCAAAAAGGCAGAGCUCUGCACCACCUACUACAGACGCACCACGCGUUCCGGCCUGCCCGUGGCAUAUACCACGACCACGACGACCAUGACGGCAGUUUCAGCAACAGCAGCUGAUUCGCAGGGCUGCUCCUCGGCCGGGUCGCCGUCGCUGCUGUGUCCCGAACAGCCCACGUGUGAUAUACUCAACUAUAAAUACUAUCCCAAUGAUACGGACAAGACGCGCUCCGUGCAGGCCGAGCUGCACACGACCACACAGCACGUGGACAUCGCCCAGAUGGAGUACAAUGUGAAGCAGUUUCUGCUCAAGCAGAACGAAUGGUCCAUGCGCGCCGAGGCAGCUGCGCCAGGUGCGGCCGGCUCGACUGCGCCACGUCUGCUGCGGCACACGCGUCUCCUGGGACCCGGCGUCGGUGAGCGGGUGCGCAUGGCCACGCCUGGUGGCGCCGUGGCAGCCACGCCCAGUGUCCUGGCGCCGCACAGAACUGAAACGAAUUUAUAAGCGUAGGGAGCAGGCGGCACGGGAGCGAAGCAUCAACCAAACUGUAUUCUAGUUUAGCGCCAGAUACUAACCAGGAGCAAUGCUUAUAAGAAUGUUUAAGUUAAUAAGUACCAUAUGCUAGUAAAUGUACGAUAUAUAUAUAUACAUAACAUAUAUAUAUAUAUAUAUAUAUACCUAUGUGUUAUACUUUAAACUACGUCUAAGCUGAGCGGCUUCAGAGUUGCGCUUAUAAUGCAGCUAUAUGGGCAUCAUGGCGUUGGAAUAUUACAAACACACCUAAGUUCAUACACUCAGAGAAAAACAUCUAGUAUUCAAUACUGAAAUCAAGAAUAAACGUUGGCAAAUAUUUUGUUUCUUU